AACAGAAACACAGCAGAGGAUCAAGAAUACACAGUGUACUGUGUAAACUGGAAUUCACAUACAUGUCAACACCACCCCACCUGUCUCAGGUUUUAUGUGGUAUUACAACUCUGCACCAUUCAUUGUUAUGGAACUGCCCAGCCAGCCAAAGGCUGUUUCUGGAAAUGUCCCAGCAAGAGAGCUUCAGAAGGAUGGAGCCUAUGCAAAUGUGCCUCAGAGUUGGAAUUUCUGAGAGGUUACAUGCAGGGGAGAGAGAUGGUAAGGACGCGGGGGUAUACAAGACAUCGAUGGAGCGUUUGCACUACGGAGCGCUUCGUCAGGCCGAUGCUUGAUGACGUGAAGGAAGAGGUGUGUUAUGUAACAGGGUUGAUUGUUUUCUUAUUCUUAGAUACAAGAUGUCUUCCUAUCUCAGUGACUGCAAUAUCGAUGCUGCUCUGAAUGAGUGUCAAGAACCUGGGACCUUUAAGGCAAUGAAAUUCUUCCAGACCUCUGAGAUUAAUAAACUGACACCUCCACAAGUUAAGGAAAUCUUUCAAUUACUGGAUAGUAAUGGAGAUGAAAGUUUGGAUAAAGAUGAUGUUAGUGAUUUCCUUAAAAAAUUCCAAUCAACAGCCAGACCGCUAACAGGUCAGGAAACAUGCAAUUUCUUUGCUGAAGGUGAUCCCAACCAAGAUGGGAAAAUUGGAGUCAAUGAAUUCCAAGACAUGGUUCAAAAGUCAGCGAAGGAAUGAGCAAGGAAUUCUGGGUUAGAAUAAUGUCAUUGCCACUCACUGGUGUAUGGUUCCAGUAUGGCCUUUUUAUAGAAAAAAAAAAACAA